CUGCGACCGGACGCGAAAACAGCGAAGGCAUCGAGACCACAGACAACGGGCCAGCCCGUAGUCGUCCGCCCGCACUCGAUUCCGAUUAGGAAUCGUUUUGGGCGAGACAUAGCACUUGCGGCCGUGCCGGGCUGACCCGGCCUUCUCGUUGAAACCCCUUAAUCCAAUCAACAUGGCGGCGGUUCCCUCGACAACAACAAAAAAUCUAGGCGAUGGCGGCGAGUAUCCCAGCAGCCAUCUCAACCAGAUAGCGACGGCCGGUGGUGGCGGCCCCUGUGAGAUGGAGACGGAAUUCAGCAAGGAGAUGGAUAGGGGAUCCAGCAAGGAGAAGGAGAGGGUUUGGGUUGGGGAACUCCGGAGGAUACAGAGGGCAUACGAGAGGGAGAUGAAGAAGGAAUCGGAAAAGGAGAUGGAUUGGGUUCGAAAAUUCCGGAAGCUGGAUAGGGACUACGGGGAGGCGAUAGUGGAGGCGGCGGAGAUGAAAUGGGUUCGGAGAUUCCGGAGGAUGGAGAGGAAAUACAAGGAGGAGAUGGAGAUCCAGUCGAGCAAGGACAUGGGGCGGACCACCUACCUUGUCCACAACAAGAGGGAGGACACGUUGCUGAGUUGUACAAAACCUGAGAGCCUUGCCGACGCUCUCUGUCGCCACAUUUGUAUCCAGAGGAGGGAGAUCACCGCCCUGGAGAGGCAGGUCGAAUCACGAGGGUUGGCGACGAUCGCCGGAAAGAAGGCUUAUCUAGAGAGGCAAAGGAAAAAAGGAGGGGUUUACGCCCCACAGCAGAUGCCACCCGAGAUGAUAGAGCAGUUGCCCGAGUUGUCCGUCUCUAGUGAAAUCAACUUGCUCGGGGUGGUAAGUUUGCCCUAUCUUGUUAGGAACCAUGGGGAGGCACUUAAUUUUCUCGUGCAUGAGUGUCAGGAAUUGGGCUAUCGGAUCCAGUCUCUCGCAUCUAUACUGAAGAAAUCCAGUGUCCCUAUCCGGCUGGACAAGGUCAAGAAGCUUCGUCUUAUGUCCCAAGCAUUUGUGACUAUCUCGGAAAAUAUAAUGGAUUCACGCGGACACUUGAAUGUGGAUGACCUUAGUUCUUACCAUGCCGCCUGGAAAUCUACAUGGGGCAGUGAGAUAGCAGGAUGUGGUUCGUUCGAUGACAUAACCAUGUUGAGCCCUAUGCAAUUCACGCACUCCACGCCUGGUAUCUUUCCACACGCUGCUGUUGCCGGCCCAGCCCUGCAGAUCUUCUCCAUCAAAAUUGUGAAUGUGAAUGCCAACUUGGGCUGGCCGCUCCGUGUGUACGGGGUGGUUGCUGCACGAGACACCGUGGACCGCAAUCGCAACCUUCUUUUCUCCCGGUCAAGGGCAAACUGCCAACAAGUCACUGAAGCGGAUCCUUUUUUGCUCUUGACUGGCCCUUCUCGUGCAAUUGUGGCUGCGGACACGGUUAAAUUUGAAGUUGAGCUUAGAAUUAUGUAUGCUGGAGCAGAUACCAAAGAUGCAGUAUUGUUCUCUUCUACCUAUAAUUACUAUUCCAUGCAGCAGUAUGCCAAGCCCAGGAUCAGCAGCUGCUGUGGUAUGUUAGAGUUAAGUGUUGAGCGCCUUAGUAGAGCAGUCCAGGCCACUAUCGUGGGUGUCCGUGUUGUUGAAGGGGAGUGGCCUUUUCAAUAUGGAUGCCGGGUUUCUUGCUACUUAUCUCCUGAUGAAGAUCUUGUUCCCACUACACCUACGGAAGUCGUGUUAGUUAACUGUAAGGUUGAGGAAAUGGAGAAACAGUCUGAUGGUUACGUAAAUCUGUCAAGAAAUGUUGUUUCAGUGCAACUAGAGCAAACGCUGAAAGUGGUCAUUCAAGCCUAUUCAGAAUCUGGCCUUGAAUAUCUACAUAAUGUUGAGGUUGACUUCCCUGUGCAGCAAUGCCAAACAACCAAGUGUUUAUGUACAGUUGGUAACUCGACGGUUGAGAUCGUUGUUGCUUGGUCCUUUCUUGCCAUGGAUAAGCUGGAUCUUGUGCUGGAGGGGUAUGUUACCCCAGUGUAGAGGGCUAUUAACUUAUACUGUAAGUGUCUUUGUAUCUCUAAGAUGCUCAACUGUUUCUUCUAUUGUCCAACUAUUACGUUGUGUCUACAGACUAUG